AGAGGAACGCCAGACCCUAAGCUCUCCUGGGCCGAGAAGCCAGCGCGAGAUGAGAGACCCCAGAGCAUUCAUCAAAGCAGAAUCGGAAGCAACAGAACUGGAACGAGGAAGUUCAUAGCUUUUUGGUUCCCUUGCGUCAGAAGCAGAGAAAGAAAACUAAAGGUUUUUUCACCAUGAGUCGGAGGAGGAUAUCAUGUAAAGACCUGGGGCAUGCUGACUGCCAAGGGUGGCUAUAUAAGAAAAAGGAAAAAGGAACUUUCCUAGGCAACAAAUGGAAAAAGUUCUGGGUGGUCCUGAAGGGAUCAUCAGUGUACUGGUACAGCAAUCAAAUGGCAGAGAAAGCUGAUGGAUUUAUCAACCUGCCUGAUUUCACUGUAGAGAGAGCGUCUGAAUGCAAGAAAAAGCAUGCUUUUAAGAUCAGCCAUCCAGAGAUCAAGACCUUUUAUUUUGCAGCUGAGAAUGUGCAGGAAAUGAACCUGUGGUUAAACAAAUUUGGAUCAGCUGUAAUCCAUCUUGAAUCCACUACAAAGGAUGAAGAAUGCUACAGUGAGAGUGAACAGGAAGAUCCCGAAAUAGCUGUCGAGACACGACCCCCUCAUUACUCUGCGGAGACUCUCUCUCCUUUGGCUGCCCAGCGAGCAUCUUCGUCUUCACCCAAAUUGAAUGAAACAUCGCGUUCUUUCUCUUCCAUGGAAAACCUAAAAAAGACACCCAGAAGUUUGUCUUCCUCCAUAUCUAGAGGAAGACAGUCCUGGAUGGACGUGGUUGACAGCUCGUCUGCCGCUGAAGACGUGGGACAGUCUGUGACAUGCGCUGUGCAGGCCCGCUCACCUGCACUCUCAGAGGCAAAUGGUCGCAGGGCCCUGGAAACCAGCUUCGCCACAUCAGAAAGUGGAUUUUUGAACUCUUUAUCCAGUGAUGACACUUCUUCAUUGAGUAGCAACCUAGAUCAUCUUACUGUCCCAGACAAGCUGGCUGGAUCAAAGAUGACAGAUAGAGAAGAGACAAAAGUGUCUGAAGACGAUGAAAUGGAGAAGCUCUACAAAUCGUUAGAGCAAGCUAGUCUAUCUCCUCUUGGGGACCGGCGACCUUCAACCAAAAAGGAGUUGAGAAAGUCCUUUGUCAGGCGGUGCAAAAAUCCAUCCAUAAAUGAGAAGCUCCACAAAAUCCGAACUUUGAAUAGCACAUUAAAGUGUAAAGAACAUGACCUGGCCAUGAUUAACCAGCUGCUGGAUGAUCCGAAGCUGACAGCCAGAAAAUACAGGGAGUGGAAGGUCAUGAACACCCUGCUCAUCCAGGAUAUCUACCAGCAGCAUCAGCAGCAGAGGACCCCUACGUCUACCCCCGAAGGCUCCCUCCAGGGACUCGAGAAACCACCUUCCUCUGCCUGCAUUGAAAAUUCUAUUUGAGAACAAGCCAGGAUGCUCUCCCCCUCUAUCUUACCCCAAACAACUCUUCAAGAUGUUGUAGUAGCUUAACUUUUUUCCUUAUAAAGGAAAACUGAAAGUCAGUUCCUGGAAGCACCAGCUCCUCCUCUAGGGAUGCAACUGGGGUGAAGACAAACACUGAUGCUGCAUCACCAGUUGCAGUGCUUCCACCCCAGCUGGAGGGAUGGAGUCCAGCUGAGCAAAUGGUCUCUGUGUUCAUUCUGGGAGCCCCCGGCCAUGCUAAGUUCUAGGUGGGAUGUGAGAACUGUCACCUCUGUUUGUUGCUCUCAAGAGAACGACAACAUUCCAUGGACAAAAGAUCACUUUUUACCAGGGAUACUUAUUCAUAGAAAUACUCUGUUUUCCAAAAGAAGAAUGUAUAUAUUCCAUCUGGUUGGGUAGCUGAGUUCCCCAAGUCAUCUUUUGAGUGGAGGAAUGCUAUCUAUAGCAGUAACCGGAGCAGGACAGAUGUGGUAUUGUGGAACCCAAAUCCCUUGCCUUUGGUCCAGAAUGGUGGUGCCUUUUCCACGUGUUGAGAAAUACUUCAUAGCAAAUGGUGUACGGGAGCGCCCAAGGAGGAGGCGUGUCCUAUAUUCCACUCACUCAAAGGACAGCUGAAUAUUUUCAGACUUUAUCCAGUUUGGGUAAGGGAUCUGAUUAAUGUUUCCUUUCCACAGAACAGCUAAAGAAAACUCUCUUAUUACACUUGGACACCUCUAUUCUAAACCACUGUAGGACAUAGUAAUAUGUCCAGCGAGGAAUGUUUACUGCCUUUGUCCUUGGGUGUGGUAGCUAUGCACAGUAUAAAUGUACAGCCAGGGACUUCCCUGGCAGUCCAGUGGUUAGGACUCCACGGUCUCACUGCCGAGGGGCCGGGUUCAAUUCCUGGUUGGGGAACUAAGAUCCCCCAGGCAGCGCGGCACGGCCUAAAAUAAAUAAAUAAAUAAGUAAAUAAAUAAAAAAAUAUAUAAAUGUACAUCCAGAUUCCCCAGGAUCAAUAUUGACAAGAUGAUUCUGGUGUCUGAAUUGUUUUAAUAUCUUUAGUAUCUAAAAAAAGAAACAACCCAAC